GAACCAAGAAUAAAACCAAAACCGAGCCACUACUCAAUUUGGUGAUUUGGCAAAAGUCUACGGUUUACGGUUAAGAAUAAAAAAUCACUAUACAAAUAGAAAGUGUUAGGGUUAAGGAUUAGUUUAAUCGCUUUGGUUGCCCCAAGAGAUACAGAGAAAAAGGCUAGACGACAGUUGUUGCUUGCGGCUAUGGUGGCGUUGAAUAUUCAAGACGGUGUCUCCGACGACUUUGACUACGAACAAUGGGCUCCAAUCACCAAAACCAGACUCAUGGAGGAUGAAGUUUGGGAAGUCGUUCAAACCGGAGUCUCCCCAAAUCCAACGAAGAUCCCAGCCUUAGCGGCUACCAUUAAACCCCUAGAUCUCGCACUAUGGAGGAACCGUGUUAACAAAGACAACACAGCGCUCAAGAUAAUGCAAUCAUCUCUCCCUGAUUCGGUUUUCAGGAAAACAAUCUCGGUCGCUUCGUCCAAGGAACUUUGGGAUUUGCUCUACAAAGGCAACGGUACGGAAGAAGCAAAGAUACGUAGGUUAGAGAAGCAGUUGGAAAAUCUUGAGAUGGAUGAAGAAGAACAUAUGGAUUUGUACUUGAAGAGAGUUGCGAAACUCAUUGACGGGUUCUACGGUUUGGGAAAACAACCAGACGAUGAGAAGCUUGUCGCUAAGCUAAUAGCUUCGCUGCCAGAGCGAUACGAGGAUUGUAUUCCUCUGUUGGAGGAGUUCAUGACUCUUCCUGAUUUGACAUCUCGCGAUCUUCUCACGGUUUUGGGAAGGUAUGGUGAUGAUCCUAGAACUAUGCCUGAGGAGUUAAAGAAGUUCAUUGACUUUCUUAGAAAAGCCUGGGCUGACGAGGAGAUGUGGUGUGACGUGUGCGAGAGGGACAAUCAUAACGAAGAAGACUGUUAUUACAAACCUAAGGUAGUGAACUCUAGGAAUCUGCAAGGUGCGGCGGCAACACAACAACAAGCUCAGAUGAAUCAAAAGAAGAUCCAAAAACCCGAGCAUCUGAUGUUAGCGGUACCUGUUACUGGUUUGAGAUAUGAUAUGAAUCUGUGGUUGGUACACCCCGCUACCACGAAUCACAUGACUCCAUAUGAGAAGUUUUUCACGACUUUGGACCGAUCGUACAGAGCUAGGGUUGGACUGGUGGACGGGAGGGUAAUCAUGGUACACGGGAAAGGAGAUGUCAUGUUUAUGACCAAGGGAGGGAAGAAGAGGAUCAGGAAUGUGCUUUUUGUUCCCGGGAUCGACAAAAACGUGUUGAGUGUUUCUCAGAUGACUGCUGACGAAGGCGGUUCAGUAAUGAUGGAUGGAGAAAAAUGCAUUAUUAAGAAUGAAGGUGGGAAAGUAUUUGGAGAAGAUUGGGUGGAUGAGAGGAGAGGAUAUGUUAUGCGUUUGCAGGUGAUUAAAGAAGGUAUUAGGCAUUAGAGGUAUCAGUCUUUUAUGUGGUCGCUUAGUUUGGUUUUAUUCUGUUUUCAAGUUUCUUUUGUCUAAGAAUAAGAAUGCUAAAUAACAUUCUGCUAGGACGGUUUGGUUUUUAAUCUAGUUUGUUGGGAAACCAUUUUGUAUUUCACAAUGCAAUGCUUGCUAAUGGUGAAAGUAAACGAUUCUAGUAGAAA